CAGAGGCGCGUGCCCGAGAGAACGUAAAGCGCGUGUCCAAACUGAUUACUACAUAUAUAUAUAUAUAUAUAUAUUUUAUUCGUUCUUUAAUAGCCCUCCAGUUGUCCAUUUCUCUCACUCCGAGAGCGACGGUACCGGGAGUGACGUCACAGGAGACCGGAGAGGCUGCUCGUGCGGUCGAUGAAUAAAGAGUUCUCGCUUCGAGUUUUCUUUUUCCUCCGAAUUUGUUGGAGCAGCAGCGGUGCAGGUGAACGCAAGGACGCGUCAGAUGUGUCGGAACCAGGAGAUCCGACCGAAACUCUCUGAAUGAACAGACCAUGAUGCCGUUGAGUUGGUUGAGCGUGUGAGGAUGUCGACCAGCACCGAGUUACCGUUACGCUGCCCGACCUGCGGCGAGGCAUGUGGGUUUGGAGACCACCUAUCAAGUGUCCAUUCCUGCCAGAAACUCUGUCUGACCCCAAGACGGAGCUCCGAGGGGGGACUGCUGUCCCUGCACACCCAGCGAGGGUGCAGUGCAUCGGGGAAGAGCAAGAUCGGAUGUCCCCUGAGCCUGGAGCUCAUUGAUGCUUUGAGUCUGGCCUCCUCGGCGACACAUCCACUCCGAAAGUUCCUGAUACAGAGAGACUCGCCGUCUGUCCUCCCGUCCGCUCUCUCUCCGAUGCUGGCGGUCGCCAUGACCUCCAGGGCUGGAGAAACUGAGGCAGGCGUGGGACAAGCUGUAGCCCAGCUGGGAGUGCCAUGGCUGGGCAGACUUGCAUUGGAGGCACGGCUUCAACAGCUGGCGCUGGAGGUGCAGGAGCGAGUGUCGCUCAAACUGGAGGGUCUGCAGGAGGAAGUGAAGAGGAGGAGCGUGGAGGUGAGCAGAGCGAGGAGAGAGAGCGAGAGAAUGGAUAGAGAGAGGAAUGAAGCGGAGCAGAGAGCGUCUGAACUGGAGCGUCAGGUGGGCAUCUCUGUGGAGAUGUUGGCAAGCCUCAGACACGAGCUGAGAGACAGAGAGGAGCAACUCCAACGCAAACAACAGGAAGUGUGUGAGCUGGACAGGUAUGUGCGUGACACCGCGGUUCGAGAAGCGAGCGCAAAGAUUCGCCUGCAGCAUUUCAUCGAGGAUCUUCUGGACCGGGCGGAGAGGGCGGAGACGCAGCUCCAGAACAUCCAUCUUCACGAUGAUGUCACUUCCCCUCAAAGACACAUGUCGGGUACCAAAGCUACGGGCUACCAAGUGAGACGUUCGACCGAAUCUCAACCAGAUUCAUGCAGAAUAAAAUCAACUGAUACUGAAUCCGUGUCUCUGCUUCUCUCUCAGAGGAGUUACAGUGUCUCGGGGAUGUCCAGGAAAUCUUCUCAGCUGUAUGAUCACAGAGCCGUUCAAUACUGCAGGUAUGAAGUCGUGCGACCGCGUACGCUGUCGGUGGGGUCAGGAGGUUGCGUGGGUCACUGUGUUGGGGGGCAGUAUCAUGUGAUGUGUCCCGACAGCCGUUCUGACCCGUCUUGGAUGAUGCAACACACACACACAGAUGCAGAAUCAGAGGACUGGUCCCUUUACAGCGCAGAAUCACAGGACGACACACACCAGCACAUGGGCUGCAGGACGUGCAGCCGCACAGAUGAGGAUCUGUCAGAGCUUCACGUGUGCAUGAACAGGCCGAGUGAAACGAUUGUGUGUUCAGAGCUCUUGAGAAUGAAAGCAGCGCUGUUCUGUGUCUUUAUUUACCUGGAUACACGCGCCCUACUCACGGCUGCACAGGUGUGUAAAGACUGGUGUAGUGUUGCACGUCAUCCUGCGGUUUGGACCAGAGUAACACUGGACAAUGCACGCGUCUCAUCUAAGUUCUUACAGACUCUGUCUCAAUGGUGCUGUCAAACACAGUGUCUUGUUCUACACAACCUCAAAACUCGAUCACGCGGCAAGAAAGAAAGUAAAGAUGAAUACUUAAGGAGCACAAGAGGCUGUCUAGAGGAGGGGCUGGAGGUGGUGCUUAAGUCAGCAGGGCGGAGUCUUGUUGCUCUGAGCGUCUCUCAUUGCCCGAAUAUUUUGACAGACAGGUCGCUGUGGCUCGUCAGCUGUCACUGUAGAGCGCUGCAGUCGCUCACGUACAGAAGCGCAUCAGAUCCAGUUGGACAGGAAGUGAUCUGGGCGCUCGGGGCGGGAUGUAGAGACAUCACAACACUGCACAUCGCUCCACUGCAGCCCUGUUUGCAGCCCAAUCGCUUUAGUAACCGAUGCUUGCAAACGAUUGGUCGAUGCUGGCCGAAUCUGUGUCGUGUGGGUGUGGGCGGAGCUGUGUGUGGCAUUCAGGGAUUGGCCUCUUUGGUGAGGAACUGUGUGAAUGUGUGUGUGCUGGAGUUGGAUCAUAUGAACGAGUUGAAUCAGGAGGGAGCGGCAGAACUCUGCAGAGAAGGACUCCAACAACUGCACACACUCACAUUCAUCUCCACACCUGUCACUUCUAAAGCCAUACUGCACUUCAAAAGUGUGUGUAUGAAUUUGAAGUGUAUAGUUGUGCAGCUGAGCAUCGCUGAUUACUUCGAGGAUGUUGACAAUGAAGAAGCCCAGAGAUUAUUUGAAGAAAUAGUCAACAAUCUACAGGCUUUGAGGAAGAGACCGGGCCUGUCUGAUGUUCUGCACAUCAAGGUGUAAAAACCCUGAAAAUAACGUGUGAUCUGAUGACUGACCACCUGAUGCACACACACACAUCCUCUCACACUCACACACAUUCUCAGUGUUUUGUGACAUUCUAAACACAUGCACAUUUGUAGCACAACUAAAGUUUCUCAGGUCUUUUUAUUUCUAUUGUUGGAGUAGUUUUAGGCGUAUAGAUCAAUGUUGCAAUAAGUAGCUGUAAUUGUUGUGCAUUACACACAGACACAAAGUCUUCCACCAGAAGUGGUAAACAACAUGUGUUGACGUCGCCAGAAAAACAUUCAGAAACACAAGAAUUGCUGAGCAUGUUCAGUGUGCGACUGUACAUACGUGUUAUUGAUGUGGCAUACAUGGAAGUCGUUCUUGCCCGUGCAAAACGAGAGUCAAUAGAGUCCUGCAACAUCAAGUCUCUGUGAUGUACAGUUCUCUGUUCUCGUUAUUAAUGAUUGGCUGAACUUCUUGAGAAUAUUUCUGUGGACCAAAGCAUCCUGAUAAAGGAUGGACAUUUCAGACAAUCGAAACCGUGUCUUUGAGCACUGCCUCUCAAACGGCAGCUUAAUGCCACUUUCAUACAAAAGUUUGUUAAAGUCUGUAAUUAAAAUGCCAAUCAGAGGAGGUGAAACCUCCUGCACACUGUCUGUAAUCGUGCUGCUUACAAGAGAUCUUGCACGUUUUUUAUCCCCUUUUCUCCCAAUGUUGGAAUGCCCAAUUCCAGCUACUUAGUAGGUCCUCGUGGUGGCGCGGUUACUCGUCUCAAUUAGGAGUUGUACGGAGGACACGUCUCAGUUGCGUCCGCUUCUGAGACUCUCAAUCGCCGCAUCUGAUCACGUGACUCGUUGUGCAUGACACCGCGGAGACUCACAGCUUGUGGAGACUCAUGCUACUCUCCACGAUCCACACACAACUCACCACACGCCCCAUUGAGAGAACCACUAAUCACCACCACGAGGAGGUUACCCCAUGUGACUCUACCCUCCCUAGCAACCGGGACAAUUUGGUUACCCCAUGUGACUCAACCCUCCCUAGCAACCGGGACAAUUUGGUUACCCCAUGUGACUCUACCCUCCCUAGCAACCGGGACAAUUUGGUUACCCCAUGUGACUCAACCCUCCCUAGCAACCGGGACAAUUUGGUUACCCCAUGUGACUCUACCCUCCCUAGCAACUGGGACAAUUUGGUUACCCCAUGUGACUCUACCCUCCCUAGCAACCGGCCCAAUUUGGUUGCUAGGAGACCUGACUGGAGUCACUCACCACACCCUGGAUUCAACCUCAGGACUCCAGCGGUGAUAGUCAGCAUCAAUACUCACUGAGAUACACAGACCUCCACGUUUGUCACUUAAAAGCUUGAAUAUGAUGCCAAUUCCAUGUGAACGAUGUGCCACACAAGGAAAAGUGUCGAGUGAUCUGUUUGAUAUAUAGAAGCACACAUGAAACACAUUAAAGAUGACGGUUCAUUCAGAUUGAUCGUGAUAUUUCUUGAGCUUCAUGAACAUCUCAUGAACAGUAUUCAUAAAGUGUAAAUGAACAGAUCAUACAAACAAGACUCAAUUAUUUGACAUAUCCAGGUCAAUAUUACCUCAUUAAUCAAACCCUUUUAUUGUGAUGUAUCAUGUACCUUGUUGGAAAUAACAA